GGAGAAUGAAAGAGAGAGACAGAGAGAUAGAGAUAGAGAGAGAAAGACAGAGAGUUGUAUGUACCUCCACCCCCACCCGCUACUGAUAAGUUGUCAGGGAGGAGAUCAUAUUAGUUCAGGAGCGAGCCUUUGUUUAUCCUAGUAACGGAAGUUUAUUUUACUUAUCGUUGCGCUUUCAUUUUCGAUGUUUUAUGUGUUCCCACAUAAAGGGGAAUAAAUAAAGUAAUAAUUACAAUAAAGGAUCCACAAGAAGAGACAAGGAAAAAAAUCUGCAGAGUUUUAAGAAAACACUAAACAAGCAGGAAAAAAAAAAAGCAACAAAACAAAACAACAGCAACUUCUCUAAACGAAAUAUCUGGGCGGGAAUUCAACAGGUACUUUUUUUGCCGUCAUGCUUGGAAAUCGCACGAAAAACAGACGAGACAAAGAUGACGACAGUGAAGUGGAUAGCGAAUCGAUUGUAAUUCCAGUGACGUUCGAAUCUCGAAGAGAUGACGGGUUCCAUUUCAUGCAUGUUGGUCAAUACAAGAAAGCUAUCGAGAGUUUCACUAAGGCUCUGGAAUUGAAUGAAGGUGAUAAGCAGUGUCUGGUAACAAGAUCCAAAUGCAGCUUACAACUUGGGGAUGCCCAGAAUGCCUUGAAAGAUGCUGAAAUGGCAUUGUUACAAGGAAACGACUUUAUUCCUGCCAUACUUCGGAAAGCUGAAGCACUUUACCAGCUGGGAGAUUUUGAAACAGCUCUUGUGUACUUCCACCGUGGGAAUAAACUCAGACCAGAAUUACAAGAGUUUCUUCUUGGUAUUAGCAAGGCACAAGAAGCUAUUAAUAACAGUAUUGGAAGUUUCAACAGUGUGAAGCUGCUGGCUGAAGGAGAUCUUUCCUUGUUUGAGAGACACCAAGAAGAGAAAAAUAAGAAACCUCACAGGGAAGGACGUCGUAAAAUGAUACAGAAAGUUGAAGAAAAGAAGACUCGGCAGAGGAAAGUACCUUCUGGAGACCCAAAAGUUACAAAGAAAUUGCUGGAAGAACUACAUAUUGACAAAGAAUAUCUGGAACAUUUGCUUUUAGACAAAACUUUGACAAAUUCAAAGAUAGAUUUCAAUGAUGAGACAAUUCGCAACUUAAUAAUAGAUGAGCUUGAGUACCUUGAUACACGUAUGAAUUUUUGGCAGCAACAGAAACCUUUGUAUUCUCAUAGAAGGAAGACUACAGCCAAGAGUGCAAUCCUCCGCAGUGGCAGCAAAGACAUUCUCAACCGUCUGGAAGAAGUAGAUGACCUUCUACUUCAAGGAAACUUCAGAAAAGCUUUGGAGAAAGCCAGAGGUACUCUCAAAAUAGUCGAAGCCUGUCCUUCCAAUAAAGUACCUGAAAAAAAUUUGUUUAUUGCUAAUCUUCACAGUUGCAUUGGUAAUGCUUUCAUGGAACUUGGUGAGUUCCAACUUGCAGAGAAUCAUCAUAUUAAAGAUCAGUCUAUAUCAGAGGAAAAUAAACAAGACAAAGGGCGAGCUGUAGACAAUCUUGGCAGAACAUAUGCAAGAUGGGGAAAAAACGAAGAAGCCAUUAAAAUUUGGGAGACCAAACUUAAUUCUGACUUGAAAGGUGUUGAAAAAGCAUGGCUGUAUCAUGAAAUUGGGCGUUGUUAUUUGGAACUAAAAAAAUAUGCGGAAGCACUCAACUAUGGCCAGAUGUCACUGGCUGUUGCUGAAGAAAUUGAAGAUGAAGACUGGGAAAUGAAUGCUGCUCUGCUUUGUGCUCAAAGUUUCGCAUGUGAUAAAAAAGUAAACAGUGCUGUACAACAUUACCAGAAAGUUAUUGACAUUGCACAGAAACAAGGCAGAGUUGAAGUUGAAGGCAGAAUCAGGAAAGUGAUGCAAGAAUUGGAGUUCAGUGAAUCUGAAGGAGAAGAAAAACUUCAUAAAACUUCUAAUGAUGAGAAUGAGCAGAAUCAUGAAGAAAAACCAAGCUCUGACAAUGGAGACUAUGAAGAUGAGUUUGAAGAACCAAGUUCUGAAAAUGCUAAUGAUAAAGAAACAGAUGAUUACAACACUGAAGAAUCCAAAGCAGGAACUCCCACUAACAAUGACGGCAUUGAGUCUAAUAAAGACUCCUAAGAUGAAGAAUGAUUGACUUGAAGAUGAAAUGAACAAGAAAAAAAGUGAAUGUACACGAAGUUGUAAAAUGUGGUGAACCAUUAAAAAUUGUAAGAAAACAGUCCAAAUAUUGAUUUUUCACAUACUGGCACCCGACAAGUUUUUAUGAGAGAGAAGUGUAAUCCAUGAAAUAAAUCAUUAUAUUGCUUGUGUUUACUGCCUUGGAGCAAAGUGAAGUCAAUUCUAGUUAGAAUUGAACUUAGAACUGUGCAAAGCAAAACUAAA